CCGGGGCCGAAUGGAGCCUCGCUGCCAGCUGUGGCCAUGGGCAGUGCUUGUGCUGCUGGCUGCCCCGUGGCUGCUGGCCGCGCAGAGAGCCUGUUCCCAGGGAGCCUGCUACCCUCCCCCCGGGGACCUGCUGCUGGGCCGGGCCCCUCACCUGACAGCCUCCUCCACCUGCGGCCUCAGCAAGCCCGAGACGUACUGCACACCCCACGGAGAGUGGAGCAUGAAAUGCUGCAGGUGUGACUCGAGGCUGCCGCACAGCUACAGCGGGCACCGCGUGGAGAACGUGCUGUCCUCGGCCGGCCGCGCGCGCUGGUGGCAGUCCCAGAAUGGCGUGGAGCGCGUGUCCCUGCAGCUGGACCUGGAGCGGCCGUUCCAGCUGGACAGCGUCGUGCUGCACUUCAGGUCGCCGCCCGCAGCGAUGCUGAUCGAGCGCUCGCUGGACGCCGGCAGGACGUGGCAGGUGCUGCAGUACCUGGCCUCCGACUGCGCCGCCGCCUUCCCCCGCGUGCCCCGCGGGCCCCCCGAGAGCUGGCAGGACCCCCGGUGCCAGGAGCUGCGGGGGCACCCCGUGCACGGGGGCACGGUGAAAUUCAGUAUCCAAGACCUGGGGUCUACAAUCAGCUCCUCUUACAGCCAGGCCAUCGGGAGGCUGGGGCCCUUCACCAACCUGCGCAUCAACUUCACGGAGCUGCCCCACAUCCCACGCCAGGGGUACCACUCGCCCAGCACCUUCUACGCCGUGACGGAGAUGCAGGUGCUGGGGAGCUGCUUCUGCCACGGCCACGCCGAGCGCUGCGGCCCCGCGGGGGACCAGCACAGCACGCAGGUCCCUGGCCACUGCGUGUGCCAGCACAACACGGCCGGGCCGCACUGCGAGCGCUGCGCUGCCCUGUUCAACGCCCGGCCCUGGGCCCCCGCCGAGGACAGCGACCCCCACGCGUGCCAGCGAUGCGACUGCAAUGGUCACGCGUCCUCGUGCCACUUUGACCCCGAGGUGUUCCAGGCCAGCGGCGGGGCCAGCGGGGGGGUGUGUGACAACUGCCAGCACAACACCGAGGGCAACAACUGCGAGCGCUGCAAAACCAACUAUUUCCGCAACCCGCGGCGGGAGCUGAGCCACCCCGAGGCCUGUCUGCCCUGCGAGUGUGACCCGGAUGGCACCGUGCCCGGCUCUGUCUGUGACCCGGGCACAGGGCGCUGCGUCUGCAAGGACAACGUGCAGGGGGACCGCUGCCACCUCUGCAAGCCGGGCUUUGCCCAGCUGGCCGGUGCCAACCCCGCUGGGUGCCGCAGGUGCACCUGCAAUGCCCUGGGGACGCGGCAGGACACCGUGCCCUGUGACGGCGACACCGGGAGCUGCUCCUGCCUGCCCGGCGUGGCGGGCAGCGACUGCGGGCAGUGCGCGGCCGGGCACUGGGGCCUGGGCAGCGGGCAGGGCUGCCGGCCCUGUGCCUGCCACCCCCGCGGCUCCCGCAGCCCCCACUGCAACCAGUUCACAGGACAGUGCCCGUGCAGGGACGGCUUCACGGGACAGACGUGCUCGGCCGUGGGGCAGCAGCAGUGCCCGCCCCGGCACUACAGGGAUGCACGGGGAGGGUGCACAGAGUGUGACUGCGACUUCCAGGGCACGGAGGAGGGGGGCUGUGACCAGGCCACGGGCCGGUGCCUGUGCCGCGCCGGUGUCGCCGGGCCCCGCUGUGACCGGUGCCAGCGGGGCCACUGCAGCUCCCAGCCCGGCUGCCAGCCGUGCCACCCCUGCUUCCACGCCUACGACGGGGACAUCGAGCGCCUGCGCCAGCGCCAGGCCGGCCUGGCCAACGCCACAGCGCGGCUGCCCGCGGGCACGGGGGGCUCCCAGCUCGGCCCCCGCCUCGCGCGGGCACAGGGCAACCUGCAGCAGGCACUGGGCAUCCUCGGCCACCCCGCUGGCACGCAGCAGGGCCUGGCCCAGGCGGGCAGCGCGCUCGCUGCCAUCAGGGAGCAGGUCCGAGGCAUAAAUCCCAACCUUCAUUUCCUGGAUGACACUGCCUCUCUGUCGAGGGAGCUCGAAGCCCUCAACAGCAGUUUGUUUGUCACCAAGUCCCAGUACCAGAGCAAGAAGGCGCAGUUUGAAAGCAGCCGCAGCACGGACCUGUCAGGAGCCUUCCAGACCAUCCGCUCUGCCUACCAGAGCUCCAGCAGUGCCAGCAGCCUGGCCUCUGGAGCCCCGGGGCUGCUGGCCCAGGCCAGGGAGAGCCGCCGGAGCGCCGCGGGGCUGCAGGGGGACCUGGCUGGGGACACGGCCAAGCUGCUGGCCCUGAAGGGCGAGCUGGCCUCGGCCCCCGACCUGACCCCUGUCAUCAACCAGGUGUGCGGAGGGGCCCGAGUGGAGCCGUGCACCCCUGCCCGCUGCCAGGGGCUGCUGUGCCCUCGGGACAACAGCUCUGUCUGUGGGGCUGGCCGGCCCUGCCACGGCCUCUUCCCGCUGGCCAGCGGGGCCCUGGCAGCGGCCGGGCGAGCGGCCAAGGAGUUUGGCAGCCUGAGCGCCCGGCUCCGGGACACGGCACAGCUGAUUCAGGUGACGGAGCUGUCGGCGACUCAGGUGCAGAGCAGCACGCGGCGGCUGGCGGAGCAGCUGGGGGCCAGCAGGACGCAGCUCCAGGGCGACGUGCGGCGCGCGCGGCAGCUCCUGCAGCGCCUGCGGGCCCUCCUGGCAGACAAGGACACGGAUCCUGCCUCCAUCCAGGAAAUCAGUGAGUCCGUUCUCUCCCUGCGUCUCCCCACGGACGCUGCUGCAGUCCGGAGGAGAAUGACCGAGAUCCAAAAGCUGGCGACGGAGCUGCAGUGCCCCGAGGACAUCCUUGCCCAGACGGCCGAGGACAUCGCCAGGGCCAAGAGGCUGCAGCAGGAGGCAGAGCAGGCCAGGAACCGGGCAAACGCCGUGGAGGGCAGCGUGGAGGAGGUGCUGGGGAGCCUGCAGCGAGCCAACACGGUGCUGCUGGAGGCCCAGGGGGCCCUCAGGGGCUCGGGCUCCUCGCUGCGCUUCAUCCAGGAGCGCGUGGAGGAGAUCGAGGCUGUCCUCGGCCCGGCCGAGAAGAACCUGGUGGCCACGGGGGCCGGGCUGGCCGGGCUGGCCGGGCGGCUCUCGCAGCUGCAGCACAGCGCUGAGCAGAACCGCCUGCGGGCCGGGGACACGCGGGACACGGCGGGGACAGCGGCACAGCAGGCCAGCAGGGCCCAGCAGGUACGGGCUCACAGCAGGGCCCAGCAGGUAUGGGCUCACAGCAGGUACCAGCUCACAGCAGGGCCCAGCAGGUACGGGCUCACAGCAGGUACCAGCAGGGCACAGCAGGUACGGGCUCACAGCAGGGCCCAGCAGGCUUUUGCCCAGGUGAAGGAGCUGUACUCGGAGCUGCAGAGCAGGGUGGGGCAGGGCCCGGCGCUGGGGGAGCAGGGCAGGAGGGUGCAGAGCAUCGGCCGGGAGGCACAGGCACUCUUCCAGGAGACCAUGGGCAUCAUGCUCAGGAUGGAAACUUUAGAGUCGGAAAUUCAGGAAGGCAACAAGGCUCUGGUGUCCAGGAUGUCGCGGCUGUCGGGGCUGGAGGAGCAGGUGGGAAGGAUCCGGGACAGCAUCAAGAGGAAAGUCACCUACUACGAGAGCUGCUCCUGAGCAGCCCCGAGCCCAGGGCAUCGCUGCCUCCUCUGCACUCAUUCCCACUUCCCAGCUGGAGCUCUCCUGUGCCCAAUAUCCC